AUCUGUCAAGCCAUAUCAGCGGAGUGCUUCGAAAAGACGAAGAAGCGCAUCGACCUCCCAAAGAGCACGGUGAUUGCACGGGCGAACGGCCGGCGAAGCAUCCGAGCGUUCAAUGCGGAGAAGCGGUGGUUGACAGAUGGCGAGGAGGAGGUUGUCGUGGAAUUCACUAUUGACACGGCGCUACGUGGGUUUCCUCUCAGUCAUCAGCGGUUAAAGGAACACGUCGACAGCAUCUGCAAAGCACGACUAGGCAACGAGUUCCCGACAGGCGGCAUAGGGAAAGAGUGGACAUACCGUUUUGUCGAGAGGCACUCGGACCGACUU